AUGAGUGGCCACCAGGGCCCAUCUGGGCGCGAUAUCAAAGAUGAUGCACAGUCAGGCGCACAAGCCACCCCAUCUAUACCACGACUUCGGUCUGACCCUUCCUUAUAUCAUGCCCAACCUCGUACCCUCGCCGACUUCCGCGAACUAGAAGGCCGAGAGAAUCGAAAAACGCGCCUGCGCGAACUGUGGCAGAAAUUACCCACCUUGGACCAACAUCCCGUCGACGCGGACGAUAUUUCAGCACCGACGACAGUGAAAAGCAACGCGUCUCUGACCCCAGAGAGCGCUCAGAGGAUGCGCACUAUGUAUGAGCGGGAGCUUCUGGGCAGCUGUGGGGGCCGAAUGGACUGGCCAGAGUUCAAGAAGUACGCACUCGAGAAAGAAGUCGAGUUAUGGCGCAUAUUCCACGAUGAGCUCGACUUGGAUGGCAACGGCCACCUCGACAUUGACGAGCUGACCGUAGCUCUCCGGAAAGCAGGGAUUGAAUUGUCACCAUCAACUUCAUCCGACUUCGUGACAUACUUAACUGCUUCCAACGAUUCACAUGAUAUCAAUUUCUCGGAGUUCCGCGACUUCCUCCUGUUAUUGCCUCGGAAAGUGUCGACUGCCGAGAUCUAUCAGUUCUACGAAGUUAGAAAGUUCUUAGGCGACGAUGGCCGAGGGGCAGCGAGAGUUACUAUGGAAGGGGAUGUGAGUUUAAGUGCUGAGGAUAAACCCCCAGAUCAUACAAUCCACUCCCCUCAUGAAUCUUCACCACGCCCUUCAAACCAUAAUGACGACGAAGAUGAAGAAGCUUAUGGGCAUGACUUGGGCGACGAAGAGGAGGAUCAUCACGAGUGGUUGGCUGGCAGUACUGCUCUCAGGUUCCUGCUUGCGGGAGGUAUUGCUGGUGCAGUAUCACGCACAUGCACCGCUCCUUUCGACCGUCUCAAAAUAUUCCUGAUAACAAGACCACCAGAGCUCGGCGGUUCGUCUUUAACCCAAGAGGGCGGGACAAAGGCCAUCGCCACGGCGGUUACUCGAAUAUAUGCGGAAGGCGGAAUCCGCGCGUUCUGGAUAGGUAACGGUCUGUCUGUUGCUAAAAUAUUCCCCGAGUCCGCCAUCAAGUUCAUGUCAUACGAGACUUCAAAACGCAUGUUUGCGAAGUAUGUUGACCAUGUCGAAGAUCCACGAGACAUAAGCGGCGUGAGCCGAUUUUUGUCGGGUGGGAUGGGUGGGAUUACCAGCCAACUCAGUAUUUAUCCUAUCGAAACAUUGAAAACCCAGAUGAUGAGCAGCACAGCAGACCGAAAUCGAACCUUGUUUUCUGCCGCAAAGCGCCUUUGGACCCUGGGGGGCGUUCGAGCAUACUACAGAGGACUUACGAUCGGGCUGAUUGGUGUUUUCCCAUAUUCAGCGAUCGAUAUGAGUACGUUUGAAGCCCUGAAGCUGGCGUACCUUCGAUCAACGGGGAAAGAGGAACCCGGUGUUCUCGCUCUGCUCGCCUUCGGCAGCGUGUCGGGAAGUGUGGGCGCGACAAGCGUGUAUCCCAUGAACUUGGUUCGGACACGACUGCAGGCCGCCGGAUCACCCGGCCAUCCACAGCUCUACACUGGGUUCCGCGACGUUAUAUCCAAAACGUACGAGCGCGACGGCUGGCGUGGGUUUUAUCGUGGGUUGUUACCCACUUUGGCCAAAGUCGUUCCCGCUGUAUCAAUAUCUUAUGUGGUAUAUGAACAUACCAAGCGAAGGCACGUUCGAAAACAAACCUAUUGGCAGAAACCUCAGUGA